GUUGUAAAUUGUAUGAAUUUUAUUGAAAACAAAGAAAAAAAUCAUGCAUGAGUCUAUAGCGUGAUGUUUUACGCCUUAUUUAAUAUAGAUAACUUAUGGAACACAAUUUAAAUGAUAAACUAUAAACCCCAGUCGAGUGUUUUAACAACAAUUGUGUAAAUACGAAAUUUCCGUGUUCAGAUUACCAUAUAGUUAUGUCGUGUGCUACUUCCCAAGGCUGAAGUUAUAGAAUUAACUUUAUUAACGCGUAAAAAAAUGGCAGCAGCGCUCGCAAACGAUUCUCCUAAAUAUAGAAACAGUUUGAUAUGUUGUAGCCCUAGAAGUGCGGAUUUAGUAUCCCGAUCUUCGUCUUCCACGUCAGGUUGUGUGUCAGCAGACGAAAGCGUCGACUCAAAUUAUAUUCCCAAGUCGAUAUCUAAUAAAAAGCUCAAGAUUCACAGCACAGCGACUCGCGAAGAGAUUGAAAGAGCUAUAAACCAGUGUAAAGAGCUUGUUCUGAACAGUCCUCAGUGUUCUGAUGAAAGGAAAUGGUUAGUGCGUUAUUUGGUUGAAUUACGCUUAAGAUUGGAGGAUUUGAAGGACAACGAUGGGCAGUUAAGAGCUAAAGUUGCUAUAAAAGGUCACCACUUUGAACAGCAAACUAGUAUUGGUAAUAGGAAACAAUAUUGUGACCACUGCAGUGGUAUUGUGUGGAGUAUUGUGCAGAGUUCUUACAUUUGUACUGAUUGUGGUUACAUAUGUCACUACAAAUGUGUAGAUGACGUAUGUAGGGUUUGUGCUCAUGUUGUUAUGACGGAAAAAGGACAGUUUGAAAUGAACAUUUGUCCAGAAAAAGGUUUAGCAGCACAAGAUUAUAAGUGCGCUGAAUGCGGAACAGCAUUGACUUUCAAAGACACGUGGAAUGAACCACGACUAUGUGACUACACUGGCAUGUAUUUCUGUGCAACUUGCCAUUGGAAUGACUUGUCAGUUAUCCCUGCCAGGAUAGUACAUAACUGGGAUUGGGAUAAGAAAUACAUAUCACGAUUGGCAUACCAAAUGUUAAAUCUAUCGUGGUCUAGACCAUACAUUGACAUUGAGAGUAUUAACUCAAGACUAUUUAACUUUAUCGCUGAGUUAGAAUGGGUACAUAAGAUGCGGAAGGAUCUAGAAUGGAUGAGGAGGUAUUUAUGUGCUUGCAGCGAAGGCUCAAGCCUUCUAUCUCCCUUAUCUAUUCAACUGGGUGAUGUAAACAAGAAAUACAGUAUGGCACACUUGCAAGCAAUCAAUGAUGGGACUCUGGAAACACAGUUAACUGAACUUACAGAGCUAUGCAGAGCUCACAUAACAAAUUGUGCAUUGUGUUCCGGCAAGGGAUACUUGUGUGAAGUUUGCAGCAACAAUGAGAUUUUAUACCCAUUUGAUAACGGUGCCAUAAUGUGUGAGAAAUGUAACUCUAUGUACCACAGAGGUUGCUGGUUGAGAAAAGGACAGAAAUGUCUAAAAUGCCUGCGAUUGAAUGAGAGAAAAAUGAUAACUGUAGAAACCCCUGAUGAUACAGAUUCACAUUUAGAAUAUGAGAUAGAUAAAUUCGUUCAAUAGAUCUCUUUUUCGUUAUGCUAAUUUACGACAUUAAAUGUUAUUGAUUAGAUUUUUUUUUAUUAAUAUUACUAACAACUAAUCAAUAAAAGUAUCAUAAUAUUUUAUAUAGUAUAAAUAUAGAUAUGUAAGCUAUAGUUUUGUUUUAGCAAACUGCAAUUCUAUCACCAUAAUGAUGCAAAAUGAUGCUAUGCAGAUGGCAGGGAAAAAAUUGGCUUAAUUACACAGCCUUAGCAAGACCACCAUAUAUUCAGCCAACCAUAAGUAAUUAGGUUGUUAUUAGAUAUAAUACAUAUUUAAAAAUUCAAGUGUUUUUUGCUAUGCCAUUAGUGAUCUGGCAAAUUUAUUGUAUCCAAAUUUAUCUAAAAGAGACAUCAUUUAAACAUUUAUUAGGUGUUUUAGCUGUGUUUUAUGCCAGCCAAUAAAUUUAUAUUUAUCAUACAUUGUUCAAGACCUGUUAUAUAUAAGUAAAAAAUUUGAACCAUGUUGAGAACUCACAAAUAUUUUUUGUUAAAAGUUUGAGUAAGCAUACAUAAAACGUCAUGAACAACCUGCUUACAGAGCUGGUUGUGCAAUAAAGUUAUAAAGUACACUUCAAAAGUAUUUAAUAUAAUUUGAUCUAUAAUAUUAGGUUUUAUUUUGUUGGUGGCAAAAAAAAUGUUUGCCCAACUUGGUUGAUGUCGUUUAAUAUGUGUGUAAUACAGGGUGGCCUUAAAGAGUACUUUAAAAUCCAUAUAUUUCGAAGGGUUUGAUGUAAUAUGUGUAAUUCUUUAAUGAGCCAAUAUCUUUGUGUACUCAUUGAGAGUAACGGCGCGAAAGCAACUACGGGCAGCAACCAUUCAUUGCGCUGGCGAGUGGCUGAAUUGACUCGCUAUUUAGUAUCGUGUUACACUAUUAAUAUUAUAUUAAUAGCGUUUGGCAAAGUCCUUCAAAAAACUCUUUCUCGGAAACAGCUGACCAUAAAAAUUUUCACAAUCGGUCUUGUGUAUCCAGCGACUUCUUUCUACCGUGCCUGAAAAAGAGCUUUGGCAGAUUCCGCCCGACUUACACGUAUAAGAUUGUCGCCGGUCAAAAGCUUCGAGAAACCUUGGGAUUUUGAAGAUUACAGUUAGCAGACCGUUUUAUACACCCACGUUUAUGAUUGCUAUUUAGGGGGCAUCCUGUAAAAUUAUAUCGCCUUGGUGCUGUUUUUGACUAGUUUCAAUAAAAUUAAGCUUUAAUAUGAAUAACGAUUAAAUUUAAUCAAAGUGGCUCCACUAUUUAGUAAGUAGGUACAUUAAAAUUAUAAAACGCAUAGAUUUUUUGAAUCGUUGAACCAAUUUUUUGUGCUUAUUUGCCUGAGAAAAUAAAAUUAUUACUGACAA